GUGUUACACAAACCUGCAAACGCGUUUUAUUUAUUCAGAUUUUCUGUUUUUACAUAAACAUCCUUUUUUUGCGCAUCAGCAGUGAUUUUAAACGAGCUGCGUUCUGCGCUGCGCCAGGAGCUCCAGAAGGCGCAUCCAGCGGCGCAGAGCGGCUGCUGGCUAACUCCGGCUGGAUGUCAACAGGCUGCUGCAGGUCCCUCUGCGUGUUCACACCGGCUGAUGAAGGAUCAACAGCGAAGAAUCUGGAUUAAUCCCGGGAGCAGCUGUCGGCCGACAUGAGGAUUGAUUCUGCGGCUCCCGAACACUGACCGACCCGACAUGGUGGACGUUUUCCUUUUCACGCCUCCGUUCUCAUGACAGCAGCGGGCCGCUAUGGGCUUCUUCAGGCUGCUGGUCAGAACCAUGGGUCGGAUCGGCACCUUCAGGUCCUAUCAGUUCGUCCUGCUGCUGGCUGCUGCGCUCGCCGUCGUGGCGUUUUACUACUUCGGCUCGGAGCGGCAGAACUUCUCCAGCACCACCAAGCGGAUCAAGCAGACUCAGGCGAGCCACAACGCCAACAGGAACGACGCCGACCUCACCGUGGACACCCGGCUGUCCGACCCGGCCGCGUCCGAGGAGCAGGAGGCCGGCGACCGGCGGUACCACGCUCUCAUGAUGUUCACCAAAGUGGACAAGAGCCGCAGCCUGCAGGACAAGUUCCGGGUGGCCAUGCUGUCGAUGGCGGCGCACGGACGCUUCCUGGACGGGGAGGUGCUGGUGCUGCACUUCGUGAGCGACCAGGCGAGCCGGGAGCUGGGAGAGACGAUGCUGCAGGAGCUGCUGCUCGGCGCCUCCUUUAAACACGAGGUGUUGUUCCAUGACGUGGUGGUUCUCACCCAGAAGCUCUUCCCCAUCGUGGAGGCCAUGCAGAAGCAUUUCAGCGCCGGAUCUGGAGCUUAUUACAGCGACUCCAUCUUCUUCCUGUCUGUAGCCAUGCAUCACAUCAUGCCUGACAGUCUGACGCGCAUCGUGCAGCUCGACCUCGACCUCAAAUACAGAACCAACAUCAGGGACCUUUUCCAGGAAUUUAACCGGUUUCCUCCCGGAGCAGUAAUCGGCAUCAGCAGAGAGAUGCAGCCAGUCUACAGACAUACGUUCUGGCAGUACCGGAAGGAGAACCCUCAGACCCGGGUCGGAGAUCCUCCUCCAGAUGGCCUCCCGGGCUUCAACAGCGGCGUCAUGCUACUGGACCUCGGUGCCAUGAGGGCCUCGACUCUGUACAACCAGCUGCUGGAGCCCAGUAACGUGGCCAAACUGGCCGACCAGUACCGCUUCAGGGGCCACCUGGGCGACCAGGACUUCUUUAGCAUGAUCGGCAUGGAGCAUCCGGAGCUGUUCCACCUGCUGGACUGCGGCUGGAACCGGCAGCUGUGCACCUGGUGGAGGGAUCACGGGUACGGAGACGUUUUCCAGAUGUAUUACCGCUGCGACGGACCCGUUUAUAUUUACCACGGGAACUGCAACUCCCCGAUUCCAGACGACUGACCUCAAACUGAAAAAAACAUAGCUGAAGGGAAUUAUUGUUCCUGCUCACUGGGAGGCAGGACUGUACCUGACUGGACACCACAUCUACAGCUGACAUGUGAGAGAUCUGAGUUCAUAUAGGGAGUAAAGCUGGUCUUAGCCUGGACCAGCAGAGUAGAUGUAACUCCAUCACCUCUAAUCCGUCUCCCAUCACAUCGUGGAUUUAUCAGGCUCAGACUCGACGGAAGAGCUUCACGCAUUAUAGAAAUCAUUUUAUGUCUGUUGAUCAGUGAGGAAAGAACUGUUCCAGACAUCAAUAUUUGUUCCUCAUGUUCCAGAUAUCUGAGACCUCUGAUGGGACAAUUCCUGUAGUUCAGCUUAAAUUCAUCAGGAGAAAAUCAAUUUUUCUAAAAAAAAAAAAAAAAAAUUAGAAAAUUUCAAUGUCAUUUUAUGUUCUCAGUACCUCUAUGAGCCACUAUGUGUCCUUUAAAACUGGUUCUAAUGUGUUCUUUCGUAUAUAAAGCCAAAAUAGCUGAAUGUUGUGCUAAAACCCCAGAGGACCCAGUAUUCUGCCCUGAGGGACUCCACAUGCAGAGAAAUGACCUCAGCUCUCUGAAAUGUGAGGUAAAUAUGCAGCAAACCAUUGAAGAUUCUUUGGUCUGCCGAAACAAGGGGAGGAAAAUCAGACAUAUCCGAUUUUGUUGACCACAGAUGCUGCCCCCUGCUGGUCGAGGGGCUCCUGAGGACCCCCAACACAAUAUACAGGUUUAUCUGAGUGAUUUUAGAACAUUAAAGCUGAAAACGGUUGCUGGAUUAGUAGAGGUGUGUUACUUCAGGUACUAAUAAGAUGAGUAACGAUACUGAAAAUCAGAAAAAUGCUGAAUAUUAGGUCCGACAGUCAUCACUGCCCUCAUUCAAAUAAAUGAGGAGGCUGGUGUCGGUAUGAAUGAAGGUUCAAUCCAUAUAAAAACCAAAUCUAAAGGUCCUGCCUGAUUGUUUUAUCUACAAUAACUUCUGCAAUUAAAAAUUUAUUAAGGCCAUACAAAAUGUUACGUUCAUACUAAGAAAAUAUUUUCAUGGAUCGAUCCAUCGUUGAUUUUAAUCUCAAGUUAUAUUUGUUUAUAUAUGGAUAGAAUUUAAUUUUGGUGUUUGCUUGGAUGAAAAUCUAAAGGAUGAGUAUUAAUUUCACCAAAUAGAGUCAGCGGCUGUAUUUUAAGAAAACUUAAAAAGGGAAUAGAAUCAAGAACAAAUGUCGAAACCUUAUCUGCAGUAAAUAAAGAAUCAGCAAAAUGUAA